UUUAAUAGUUGAUUUUUGUUACAUUUGUAUUGUAUUGUGUAUAUAUGACCUUCCUCCCUCUCUAUAUAUAUUUUUGUUGUGCACAAAUUCUCUAGCCCGCAUAUUUAGUAAAUAAAAGAAAAAAAAAUUAAUUAUUGUGUAUAAAAGCGACAAAACAAGUUUACCUAUGAGAGAGAAAUAAUAAAUAAGAAAAGAUCUAAAUAAUCCGACAAAAGACUUGCAUACGCUUUAAAGCAUACAGAAAGAGCAAGCCAGCCAGUUAGUAGAGUUAGUACAAACAAAAAGACAUACGGAUAGAUGUUAACAUAAAAAACGCAUUCCAUCUACGUUACGACGUCACCAAAAAAUUUAUAACGUUACAAAACUAGUUUUUUUGUUAACUUGAGCAUGAAAUUCUGUUAGAUUUGCAGAGACGAUAAAACGCACAACACAACUUGCUUGAUAUAUAUAAGCGAAGCGAAAAACAACAAAAAACAACAAAAAACAACAGGGAAAAAAAACAAUAGCACUACGAGAGACGACUUUGGUUGCAGUAGCGGUAGUGGCAGCGACACCAGCAGCAGCAGCAGCUGUAAAAAAAUAAAAAUAAAACAAUAUGACAACGUCACAAGCCGAUAUCAACACAAAUUCAAAUAAUCCCGCAACCGCUAUUGGUAAUAAUAAAGUUAACGGUAUUCAAAGUGUGAAUGGCGUUACGGGAAUGGGUGGUACUGUAAGUGGCGGUAGUAGUGGCGACGUUCGAGUUGGAGGUGGAAAUAAUGGAGGUUCAGCGGUUAAUACGAGCACUUCGGAAGCGAAUAAACGUAAAAAAUUGAAAACUCGCAGUAACGCAACCCUAUCGAAUUCUUUGGGUUAUUCAAAGGAUCAUUUGGACGCUUGGUUAGAAACUUGUCUCAAAGAUGCUUCCAAUGCCCAGCUAUCAUCGUCAUCAGAGUUCUUGGAUUACAAUCCUUCAAUCAAUACUAUGACAGUAACAGCGACAGCAAACCCAGUAACAAUGGGCAGAAAUAUGUUUCCAAUUGUCCAACAAAAUCAUCACACAAUGCAGUGCAAUUCAAAUUCGAAUUCAUCUUUACAACAACAACAACAGCAGCAGCAGCAACAGCAACAACAACAACAGCAGCAACAACAACAAUUUGCUUUAAGAACAAAUCCCAUUAGCAAUAAUAUGCCAAAUAAUUACAAUAAUAAUAAUUUCAAUGCUCCUUUCAGCCAAGGUUUUCAAAAGCAAAACAUGCCAAAUUUUAUGAAAAAUACAAAUCGCUAUACAAAUAUGUUUCCCCCCAUGGGAUUAUUAACCAGCGGCGGCACUAGCUACUUUAGCCAAACUGAAGGCUCACAAGAUUUUGCUAGUUUACCACCAAUGGUUAACAUUAUGGGUGGCAAUGGUGGUGGUAAUGGCAAUUCAUCCGAACAUGAAAAUAAUUCCACUGAUGUUUUAGACGGCAGUACCAACAAUCCAAAUAUUAAUAGAGGUUUCAGAUUUAGCGAUCCUUGUUUAUUAAAUCCUUCCGAUAAUGACUCGAAAUUAAGCGGCCAAAACACUCCAGAUAAACGCACCGGUACAACAAAUGAUGCAGAUAAUAAUACGAAUAAAUUCUUUUCAAUUUUAAUGGAACAAAUUCAACUGCUACAUGAAACGAAUUCAAAGAUUUGCCGGAACUUGCACGAAACAAAAGUUGAUAUUGAAGCUUUAAAGCACGCGCCCAGUUGGGGUUUGAGGCACCGUAGAGAUAGCAUAAGUGGAUUAAGUACACACAGUCAGCCCAUGAUAUUUGGCGGUGGAUUUGGUGGCACACAAAGUCCAGCGCCAACAUAUCAUUCAGGAGCGUAUACGCCAGGUAUGAUGACCGAUGUAGUGCGCGAGGUUAAGGAAGCCGCCCGUGUGCGUGAAGAUGCUUUACUAAAUCGCGUUAAAGCAUUGGUAGAGGAACGUCAAUGGUCUAUAAAUGAAUCUAAUUUACGUAUAAUGCGAGACCUUGAAGAAUUAAAAUCGCAAGUUCAUCAUUUACGCUUGGAACGCAAGGAGUCUAAUAAACGCAUUAAUCAUUUAGAAGCCGAAAAUAAAUAUAUGCGUCAAAUUUUGGCCACAAUAUUCAAUAGUAAUCGGCAUGUUCCCGAUAUUAUUUAUGAAAAUGAAACAUUACGUCCACGAAAACCAUUUCCGCAUCACGCGCGUCGUGCACAACCUUUAAAUCUUCAAUACGGUACAAUACAUCAUCAAUCGAUGCCAAAGACAUUGUCGGUAGAUGAACAAGAUGAAGAACCUUUACAUAUUAUUGAAACUCCGUCCACCAAUUCCACGGCCGACAUGGCCUCAGCAGUAAAUGCACAGAAAGCAAUUGAAAUGCGCAACUCAUUCUCUAGUUCUGACGGAGGCAGCAUAAAUAACGAUACGGGCAACAAUGGUAAUGCAAAAUUUAUUCCUGUUAUGUCGCCGCCGAAUUUCGCUUUAGUUUCUUCGCCGCCUGAUGAUGUGAAACGGAAAAGAGAUAAGAUUAUGGCGAAACCGAGUAAAGAAGAAACUGGAACUGAUACGGGUUUGGAAGUUAGUAACACAAAUAUUUCGAACCAAGACUUAAGACGAGAGUUAAAAGAAGCUGUAGCUGCUCGUAAAGAUGCAGCUGAACGUAUUAUAGCACUUGAGAAAUUGGUUAAGAAUCUACAAGUCCAUGCUACUACUACUACUACUACUACUAGUACUACUAGCACACAUCAUGCAUCUGCAACAACCCCUAGCACUUCCAUUGAUGUACCAUCACAACCACAACAACAACAUUUAUCAAAUGGUGAUGGUAGUAUUCUAUUAAAUAAUACAGGAGCUACAAGUAAAACUAAUAAACGGGCAGCAUAUUCCACAUCUUCGAUUAAAAGAAAUCAUAAUAAUAAAUGGUCAGGAAAUGCAAAUGCCAGCAUUAGCAGCAGCAGUAACAGCAGUAGCAAUUUAGCUAAUAGUUCGCCAGUUAAAUUAACUGUUGCCGGACCAAUAACCGAUUUAUAGUUUAAAAGAUAUUCAUUGCUAUCAAGUGCAACUUUUAAUGGUGGUAUACGAAUCUCACAUUUUUGAAUUGACUGUGCAGUUGAAAAAUGGCAACGAAUACACUUUUGGAUUCC